CUAGUUGCCUGCUGCCACCCAGCAAGCACCCACGACGACGAUCUUGAUGAAAAUCUGGCUCAAAUUACUUUUCACGACUUAAAAAUAUUUAAAAUAGCACGCUGGGAAUUCACUAAUCUCGAGAUAUUCAUACAUAAAUACAUCCACAUCUUUUAUUUGCUGCUGCUUCUGCUCCACACAUUUUCCGGUCCUGUCAACUCACGACAAAUGUAAUAGAUUACCCUUCAACUUUACUGAAAAAAACUUCCGCUUUGGAUCUAACGGCGAAAUAAAUUUAUUGUGGACAUAAUCUCAAAACUGGGUCUUUCCGAGUGGUGUAGUUUGUUGUAAGGCUGCUUAUCUGAUCGGAUAUCUAUCACUCUUUUGGUACGAAGGAGCUUGAUUUACGUAGGAUUAAAGCUUUACUUUCUCAGUUCAGUAGCUGGAUUCAUAACGUGUGGAGAUCAAGUUCUCCUGAUCUGCAUCUUCAUUUUAAUCCAAUUUCUCAUAAAUAGCGUAAUGGCAGAAGCAAGGAGUAUUAAGGUUGAAGGAACCGGACUUCGAAAUGGGGUCGCUGAGGGUCCAAAUAAGUUUGUAAUCUACGCGUCUGAAAAGCACGACGUGAGCAAAAUCCAGAUCGGAUUCGAUGGUCCGGGUCAACCAGAGUGUCGCCUCAACACGAAGAAGGACAAGAGCAUCGACGUGACCUAUACGUCCCCGGUGGCGGGAGAAUAUAAGAUUCAUGUCCGUUACGACGACAAGCCCAUCCCGGGGUCACCCUUCAAAUGCAAGAUUAUCGGGGAUGUGAAAGGUGCCGUGGACAAGGUGAAAGCCUCGGGGGACACGAAGGAGGGGAAAGUCAAUGUCAACAAUACGAUCUUGGUGGACGGGCGAGAAGUCGGAAUUCUUGGCGGCCUCUCCGGAAGUACAGAGGGGCCCUCAAAGCCCGACUUCCAAUUCAAACAAAAUGAUGACGGGACGGUGGCUGCGGUGUAUAAGCCAACGGUGGCAGGAAAUUAUAAGAUCACUUUGAAAUUUCAGCACUACAACAUCCCUGGGAGCCCUUUCACCGUAUCAGUGAAGUGAGCUGGGAAUGACUGAUCCAUGAUGCGUGUACCUAAACCACUAACAAAGACUUUUAUACAAUAUGGUAUUAAUUAUAUUCGUGACCAAUAAUAUGUAACACAAUUAAAAACAGCGGUUUAAAUUUCGCUUACAGAAUUAAUGAUGUGAUAUGUUGUAUGGAAUUGUAAUUGAAUAAAUUGGGAAAAUAAAGUAUAUAAAUUUUGAUGAGAA